AUGGAAAAAUUUGACAAAAACAAUGAUAUUUUAAUACCAGUUAAUGAAAAUAUUAAAAAUAAAGAGGAGACAGGGGGUCUUCAACCAACAAUAACACUUUUUGGUGGUGUUAUGGUAAUAGUUGGUUGUAUUAUAGGUUCAGGAAUAUUUAUUUCACCAAAAGGUGUUCAUGAAAAUGUUGAUUCAAUUGGUUUAUCAUUAAUUAUUUGGAUUUUAUGUGGUAUUUUUACAGGAAUUGGUGCAUAUUGUUAUGCUGAACUAGGAACAUUUAUUCAACAAUCAGGAGGAGAUUAUGCAUAUGUUUUAGUUGCCUAUGGUCCAAUGUUAGGUUUCAUGAGAAUGUGGAUUGAAAGUGUUAUUGUUAGACCAUGUACAAUAACAGCUGUUGCCAUAACAUUUUCAACAUAUAUUAUAUAUCCAUUUUCAUCAUAUCAAAAUACUAUACCAUUUAUGCCACAUAUAAUAGCAUGUUGUGGUAUAUUAUUAUUAACAUAUUGUAAUUGUUGGAGUAUUAAAAUAACAACAUUAAUACAAAAUAUUUUUACAAUUGCAAAAUUAUUUGCAUUAAUAACAAUAAUUUUAACAGGAAUAUAUCUUCUUUUUUUCAAUAAUAAAUCACAAAUACAUUUAGAUAAUUUAUUUUACAUACCAACGGUAUCUUAUGGUAAAUUAGCUAUGGCUUUUUAUUCAGGAUUAUGGGCAUUUAAUGGUUGGAAUUUUUUAAAUGUUAUUACUGAAGAGUUAAUUGAUCCAUCAAAAAAUUUACCAAAAGCAAUUGGUAUAAGUAUAACAUUAUGUAUGAGUAUUGAAGAAUUUAUAACAUCAUAUGCAAUUGCAAUUACAUUUGCUAAUAAGUAUUAUGGAAUAUUAUCUGUAUUAAUGCCUAUACUUGUUGCUUUUUCAUGCUUUGGUACUGUUAAUGGGAUUAUGUUAACAUCGUCGAGAUUAUUUUUUGUUGCUUCAAGAAACGGACAUAUGCCAAAGAUAUUUUCAUAUAUUAAUAGAGAAAAUAAUACACCUAUCCCUGCAGUUUGUUUUACAUCAAUUCUUUCAAUAUUUUAUUUAUUUUUAUCAAGUAAUAUCUAUACAUUGAUCAAUUAUGUUCAAAUUGUAAAUUGGAUAGCUAUAACUAUUGCUACAAGUGCUUUACUAUGGUUAAGAGUAAAAAAACCACCUAAAAUAUAUAAAAGACCAUUAAAAGUUAAUAUAAUUUUUCCUAUCAUAUUUCUUAUUGGGUGUUCAUUUUUAAUUAUAUUCCCUAUCAUUCAAGCACCAAAAGAUACACUUAUAGGCAUUGGAUUGCUUUUAACAGGUUUACCUAUAUAUUAUGUUUUCGUUAAAUAUAAUUUAAACAUUCAAUUAUUUGAUAAAUUGGUGAAUAAAAUAGCAGAAUUAUGUAUUAUUCAUUUUAAUGUGACACCAAUAGAAAAGAUAUCAUUCAUUCAAUAUUAUAAUCGAAUGAAUUAUUUUUACUAG